AUGGGUGCAUCCGAGGAGUGGAAGCUGCAAUUGCACCGCCAUCCGGUCACUUGGGCGAUCCCCCCGCCUCUGUCAACCUGUGGCAGCGGCGUCCUGUACUGCGGGAGCUGCGACAAUUUCGGCACGGGUCCUACCCAAAUUGCCUUUGGCAGCCCCUGGCCCGUCUCCUUCCCGCUCGCCUGGAAUAUCGCCCACGGGUUCUUUCGUGAAAAAUGCGAGGUAAAUUGCUUCCCUCACGAUGGCAUGCAUCUCUUUUCGCGACUCCUUGACUACUUCCCCCUGGGAACCCCGACGGAUGGGCACAUGUCGCGCAAGCAGGAGAUUUUCCGGGUCUUCAAGUCACUCGAUCUCGUCUGCAGCGACUCUGCCGUCCGACUUGAAGACGUCCUCGCGCUCUCCAACUGCACCUGCGACCUGGCCAGCGUCGUCUGCAAGGUGAAGCCCGAAAGCUGGGAAGGAUAUCACGAGGUCAAGCAUACCGACAUGAUGACGCCCCUGAUCAGUGUGGCCAACAUCUUCCGGGACUACCGGGACGACACCGACGACAUCGGGACAUGCGCUUACGCAUGCUGGCAACUAAAGCCUGAGGCCAAACAGAUCGUAGAGGCGAACAAAGCCGUAGAUGCCAUCCGCCGGGCCACCCGUACGACUACCCGUGCCACCACCAGUGCCCCCACCCGCAAGCGUACCAGUGCCUCCCCCGCCCGCAAGCGUACCAGUGCACCCCACGCCCGAAAGCGUCCCGCCAGCCCAACCCGCGGCCCUCAGAUAUGGAUUCGUUGGGGUUGA